AUGAAUAACAAGAAGACGAACAACAACAACAACAAAGAAACUAACUUCCCGGGGGAACUAAUCGACGGAAUUCUGCCGAGACUUCACAUCUCCUGUCUCCCGCGAUUCCAGUGCGUCUGCAAAUCAUGGUACUCUCUCCUCUCGGACCCUAAAUUCAUUUACAAAACCCUCUUCUUCCUCGAGAACGACCGCCGACCCGACGACGGUAAGAUCUUCCUCAAGCUCGGGCUCAAGCGUGACGGAACAAGCCGUUCCGUUUACUGUUCACUCUCGUUCGAUUCGCUCACAGUCGAAACCCCUUAUCGAGAUUUACGACAAGACCUCGGCAUUAGUCUUCCCGAUCGUUAUCGCAAGCAGCCCAGUACGGUCAUUGUGGGCUCCUGUGGUGGCUUGAUUUGCCUUACCUACAAAGACCCCGACCCAAACCCCGAUGUCGCUCCAAGUAUCGACUAUGAACGUAUUAUUCUGCUCAAUCCGGCCACCUCGGAGGUAAAGUUGCUCCCCCCUCCCCUGCAUCUGCCCUGGUCUGAUAACUCAUUAUGUUGGAGAACCGCUGGCUUCGGGUUCGACCAGCAGACCAAUGACUACAAAGUUGUUAGGAUUCUUCGUGUGGAAGUGAGACCUACACCUACUGAUCACAAAAAACCUUGCUUUCGCAUCAUGGUUCAUGUGUGUGGUACGAGAGACAAUUCAUGGCGGAAACUCGACGAUUCUGUUGGUAUGGUGUUGUGGGUGCGUCCAUAUGUGGGACUAGAUGAUUCUCAAAUCCCACAGUAUUUUCCUAGAGUGAGGCUGAGUGGGAGAAAGAGCAAAUGUUUCUGGGUAGGAGGGGAGAGUGUAUAUACAAACGUCUACCAAAGUACCAUUACAAUUGUUUCGUUUGACAUGAGCAGUGAAGGGAUUCAGGCCAGCAAAACAUUGCCAAAUCCCUGCAAGUAUGAUCGUUAUGUCGAUGCUCCUGUUGUGUUCAUGCUGAAGGAUGAGACCAUUGCACUCUUUCAUUGUCAGAACCGCUUGCCUUGCGCAGGUGGGGAUGUCGAACGGAUUUUUGAGAUAUGGGUGUUGCAGCAAUAUGGCGAAACUGUAGGAGAGUGUUGGUGCAAGUUAUUUUCCUUCUCUCCUCCCCUGGGUAUGAUGAGAAGGCCGAAAGGCCUAUCGAAAGAUGGGAAAGUGAUUUUCAACAGUACUGGUGAUCAACUACUUGUCUUGGAUCCUAUUACUGGCAAAAUGUAUACUCUACCAGUUGAAGAACGAUGCUUCUCUGUUACAAUGGAAACCUAUAUUCCAUCGACAACGCCAUUAAUCGAAGGUGAAACGAAAUAA